AAUAAUAAUAAUAGUCAUAAUGAUAAUAGCAAUAGUAAUGACAAUAAUAAUAGUAAUAAUUAUAAUAAUGGAAUUCACUAACCUGGAAAUUCUGUCACCACUGUCACCCACUGUGCGCCAUAUUUCUUCAGUCUCUUUAAAUUUUGAAAAAAUUGAAAAACGCGGCGACAAAUUUCGCGGGAACAUGACGUCACGAUACCUUUAGUUGUGUAUGUUAAAAUCAGUGAUACAAGGUAUGCAUGUAGAGAAGCGACAUCAGCGCUGCCUGGAUUUUCUGCGCCGAGUUAAAAUUUGCAUCAAGUUCACAAGAGUGGAGCUUGGAGGGCCUGGGGCAUACAGAGCGAGGGUAUCAAAAGCAUUGAUUGUGCGUGUACUUACAGGAGCGAUAUUGUCGACGAUUGAUUGACAUCAGCAAUGUCCGACUCUCAAAAGAAGAAACUAACUCCAUCGGUAACUGAGACGGAAUUCGACAGAGAGACAGGACUCGACCCGGCGUUUGUUUACCGCCAUCGUCGUCGCCAGAAAACGAUAGUUCCCGAUUCCGCGAAGGCUCCUCCCCGAGAAGGCUCCUUUCUAGAGAGCGCGACCAAGCCUUGCCCGAGUUCGUUUGAAGAGACUGAAAAAGACGAGAUCAGACCUACCUCCCCAAUGUCAGCAUCUGUCUCCCUUUCUUCCAAAUUCCAACUCCUAAGGAUUCAUAUAGAGCCAGACUCUGCCCGACCAAAAUCCCCUUCCCAACUGCCUUCUUCUCCUGAUUCACAACUCCACCAAUUAACUCUCCUAUUCCAAGACCUCACCUAUGGUCUUGAAGAAACAGCCCCUAUUGAGAAACAGGCUGCCGACAUAUUAAAUAGAGGGCUUUCUCAUCCAAACUUCAUAAUGAAAGACUUCUGGAAUAGCUAUCGAGUUGAAAUUAAUACCUGGAUCAGAUCAAGGCAACAAGCAGUUCUAAUGAGUUUUAAGGCAGGUGUGGAGAUGGGCCCCAUAGCCCUCAGCUCAUAUAUAAAGGGCGUUGUAAUAGGAAAGGAGAUGGCCGAGUUGAAGUCAACCAAUGGUCUGCUUGACUUAUGUAAGAAAGCUGCGGAUAUGGCCAUUCAAGAAGAGAUUUGUCAGAAGCAAAGUGAUGAGGUGGCAUGUCAGAUGAGCAACGCCUUAGAACACCUAAAUUCAGUAGUAAGGGGUCUUCGAAGGGUAGUGUCAAGUAUGCUAGAUAGAUCAGAAUCCAUCCAACCUCCGCCUUCGCGACAAAUUCUAUAUCAGGCACCUUCCCGAGAGUCUAGUUCCGAAGCCCGGGUUGGAGGUCCUGACACAUCAGAUUCCUCUUACAGAGCAAAGCGAAGAACAAAACGCAAGACGAAGAACAAAAAGCACGCUCAUUAAGAGGUUAGAAGGAAAUGGAGCAUAUGAGAAUGAAAAGCUGUAUAUUGAGAUAGUAAAACAACGAGUUUGCUCUUUGGACAUUAGGGAUGAAAAACUUCAUCCUCGUUUUGAUUGGCAAACACAUGGAGUCAGCGAGGUAUUUUUUGAACCGGGACCUCUGUGCUCUUUCUCACCCGUGUGCUUCAAAUCCAUUAUGGGUUUCUGAUCUUCUCCUGGACCCCAGCGUGACCAAUAGAAACAGAGCUGGAAGGGCAAUUCGCGACAUUCCAGAAAGACCCUUCCAGUGGUAUCAAUUAACCAAACCCUCCGAGUCAUCCUCCGAUAAUGAUACAACUUAAGGUCCCACAUUCUUCCCUAGUAUUCCUAUAAAACAUAAUCAUUAAUUCCCCCUUGACUCACCUUCUUAUCUUGACCCUAAUACCUCCACAGUAGUCGAUCGAUAAUUCCCUUAUAGCAAGGGGACCGUCCUAUCACAAUCCACACCUUUUUUCUACAUUUUGAUAAUAAAAGUAUGAGUAGAUGAAAAGACAAACGUGAAAAGCAGGGGUGGAAAGACAGAGGGAUUUUAUACAUAGAUAACAGAAAUAUAAUAACUGGAUAUGAAAACAGAAUAUAAAAAUCAUUUAAAAGAUCUACAGACAACAAUAAGAAAUAAUUUUUU